UAUCAGAAUUAGUCUGAAAGGCCCAAAGUCCAUAUGUAGAAACUAAGUAACGGGGGAACCCGCUGAAAAGUCCAAGGAAAUGAGCCAAAUCAGCGAACUAACCCACAUAAGCCGCAUAAGCCAAACCAAUCAGUCGGACGGAAGUGAUGAGGAUCGGCUUCGCCGUGCGAAUUUUCCGGUUUACCCAAAACCGCUACCAGAUCGAGAUUUGAGCUACAAAGUUGAUGAAAAUGAGUUCACAAUGGUGGAGAAGGCUGCCUUGCGAAAUGCCUGGCGUUUAAUUGAGCCAUUUCAGCGCCGAUUUGGCAAGGAUAAUUUCUACAGAUUCCUUACGAGCAACGAGGAUCUCAUAAACUUCUUCAGGAAAGACGGAAAGAUUAACCUAAGCAAGCUGCAUGGGCAUGCCAUGGCAAUGAUGAAGCUGAUGUCAAGGCUGGUCCAAACACUGGAUUGCAAUCUAGCCUUCCGCUUGGCCUUGGAUGAGAAUCUUCCCACACAUCUCAAGAAUGGCAUCGAUCCCGAGUACAUGAGGAUGCUGGCCACCGCACUGAAGAGAUAUAUCCUUGAGUCUUCCGUUAUCGAAAAUCACAACUCCUGUUCACUAAGCAAUGGUCUGUCCCGUCUGGUGGAGAUCGUCGGGGAGUACGCCGUUGUGGAUGUGGCCAGAAAAAGAGCCAUGUCCACUGCCCUCAGGACGACUGUGGACGAUGCUGGCAAUCGUAUUGUCAAGGUUGCUUUGGGCACUUAAACGGGAACAAAAAUAAUGCAAAUACCUAUAUUGUACAGAUAUUGCUUGAAGCAAAAAUAAAAUU